AUGUUUACAGCUCAGAAUUUAGGAGUGCCGUUACUGCAACCGUACGUUGGCGCCGGAGGCCGGAAUUUUAGUGGAGGAGUGAAUUUCGCGGUGGCCGGAGCUUCAGCUCUUGAUUAUGGCUUCUUUGAGGAAAUCGGGAUUCAUAUGGUCACAAAUGCGUCACUUAGGAUUCAAAUGGAAUGGUUCAAACAAUUUUUGGCCACUCUGCCUGGUCGACCCGAGACAGGAAGAACUGGAGGGUUGACUUGCCCGAAAGGUCAAGCAUCAACCCCAACAUCGACCGACAUGAAGGGUCGAGCAUCGACCCUCACACAGACCGGUCAAUGGGGUCGAAAGCCGACCUUAACACCCACCGAUUUGUGGGUCGACUGCCCCGAGAGGUUGACGUACGGCUCAAGGGGUCGAGCAUUGACCCGUAGGUCAACGCGUAGCACUCGCACUGCAGGUCUAAUAUUAGCUUAA